UAGAAAUAGUUUUUAGUCCACAAGAGAAAGAAAGAAGAUAGAAAAGGAGAGGCUGUCAAUUCUUAUAGAGAGAGAGAGAGAGAGGCAAGGGCAUUAUUCCUAUUUUUCCUUUCUCUCCAACUCACCUUCUUCUUCUUCUUCUUCUUCUCCUCCCUCUCUAGAUUCCUGUCCCUCUCUGCUUUCUCCACGUUGUUGCAGAGAAAUGUCGAAGGAAGGAGCUUUCGAUCUUGCCUCCGGCGUCGGCGGGAAGAUGAGCAAAGCCGAUGUACUCUGCGCCGUUGAAAAGUAUGAGAAAUAUCAUGGCUUUUAUGGAGGCGAAAGGGAGGAGAGAGAAGCCAACUACACCGACAUGGUCAAUAAAUACUAUGAUCUCGUGACCAGCUUUUAUGAGUUUGGUUGGGGAGAGAGCUUCCAUUUUGCUCCUAGAUGGAUUGGUGAGUCUUUCCGGGAGAGCAUUAAGAGGCACGAGCACUUCCUUGCUUUAGAGUUGGGUUUGAAGCCUGGACAGAAGGUUUUGGAUGUUGGAUGUGGUAUAGGCGGACCACUGAGAGAGAUUGCAAAAUUCAGCUAUACUUCAAUUACUGGGUUGAACAACAAUAGCUAUCAGAUUACUAGAGGAGAGGAACUAAAUCGCAUUGCAAAAUUGGAUAAGACUUGCAACUUUGUCAAGGGCGACUUUAUGAAAAUGCCGUUUGAUGAUAAUACAUUUGAUGCAAUAUAUGCAAUCGAAGCCACUUGUCACGCUCCAGACCCUUAUGGCUGCUUCAAGGAGAUCUACAGAGUACUAAAGCCUGGCCAACGUUUUGCUGCUUAUGAAUGGUGCUUGACCAACUCCUUCGAUCCAAAUAACCAAGAUCACCAAAAAAUAAAGGCUGAAAUUGAGAUUGGCAGUGGGCUUCCAGAUAUCAAGACAAUAGAAAAGUGCCUGGAAGCUUUGAAACAAGCAGGUUUUGAGAUCAUCUGGGGAAAAGACCUUACUGAAGAUUCACCUGUUCCAUGGUACUUACCAUUAGAUGGUGGUCAGUUCUCCAUCACCAACUUCCGCGCUACGGCGAUUGGGCGUUGCGUGACAAAAUAUAUGGUUAGAGCAUUGGAGUAUAUUCGCCUCGCCCCGAAGGGUAGUGAAAGAGUUCAAAAUUUUCUAGAGCAAGCAGCACGAGGGCUGGUUGAGGGCGGAAAGAAAGAGGUCAUGACCCCUAUGUACUUCUUCCUGGUGCGUAAACCGCUUUCAAGUGAUGAGUAAAACAUGGGCAAGUAAUUUGAUGGCUAUUGUAAUUCUAUGACCUUAAUGUAUUUCUAUUUAUGCAUAUCUCAAAAAGUACUAAAUAUUAUGGCCAUUUUUUUAAAUGUUAGAUUUGCGGUGACCUUGAUGAAAAAAGUAAAUUUGGUUUCAUAUCCA